UCCUUCUUCAAGCGAAGCGUAAUAUUAAACUAAUACAGCCGGGCAGAUGGACGACGGCACCAUCCAUCAGCUGAUUGUGAUAAUCGAGUUUGCCUUGCUCCGGAACAAUGGUUUAUUUAAGCCCAACCCGUACGUCGAGUUUUCGAUCGAUGGCAAAAGUUCACGCAAGACAGAUAUUGUGAGAAACACGAGCAUCCCCAAAUGGAACGAACGGUUUACGAGUAUCGUGUCACCUGGAUCCGUGCUGCACUUCCGCGCCUUCGAUCAUUCGAGCUUCCGGAAGGAUUCACUGAUCGGUCAGAAUACGGUCGAGCUGGCGAGAAUUUUACGCCACUACAAUGGCUUGCUCGAAAUGCUCGAGCUCAACAUUGAUCUGAUGAUCGAUGGGACUGGUUCAUCGAAAUACAACGAACCCCGGCAACCGGUAAAGGCGGGCGAGCUGGUGGUCGUACUCGAUGGGCUGAAGAUCGAUAUGCGUAGUUUGGGUGUGCCCGGUGGUGGAAACAAUGCAGGUGCAAACAGGAUCAAUGGAGACGGGGAUCCGCUAUCGUUUUGGCCUAUUGAUUUGGGACAGAACGGUUCGCCGCUGAUAUCGGGAACGAACGUACUAAACUGUGGUGUUAGGGCGCGAAUGCGUUUACGUGGCAACGCUACCAAUGCAUCACAGCAGCAACUACAGCCUACUUCAUCGACAUCUGGUAGCGGUAGCAGCGGUAGUGGUGGUGGUGGCAUCAUGAAUCAUGCAUUAGUUCCGUCAUCAUCGCCAUCAACAUCAUCGUCAUCGGCAACCGUACAUCAGGCGCAGCAUUCGCCCGCUUCCCACGCUAGCCAAAGCAACAACAACAACGGUAUGAGCAACAAUAGCACCACGUCCUCGGCUGAUGACUUCGGUACAGUGUUUAACUCGUACAGAAUGGGUAAUGGUGUAAUAACGUCUGGAUCUUCUCCGAACGGUGGUGGAACCACAUCGUUAGCCGCUGGAGGAGCCGCCUCCUCGACGGGCGCUAUUCGAAGGAGUGGCAUAAACUGGGAUCAGCAGAAUGUGUCCCCUGUAGCAGCAUCAUCGAUCGGAUCCCACACUAGGCUUGGUCCUGUCUAUUCUAACACAUCGCAGGAAGGACUCAUCAACGGAGUGUCGAGUGGCGGUGGCCAUACCAGCACAGCUCUGCUCCCAGUUGCCAGUGGUGGAAGUCCGGGUCCGGGUGCGAAUGGUGCCCCUCCCGGUAGUGUCCCAAUGCCGAUGGGAGGAAGUCUUACCGAUCAGCAACUCAUUCUGCAGCAUCAGCAACAGCAGCAGCAGCAAAAUCCAAUAGACGAUGAACCCCUGCCCGCUGGUUGGGAGAUGCGUGUGGAUAAGUUUGGCCGGCGGUAUUACGUUGAUCACAAUACACGUUCGACUUACUGGGAGAAACCGCAACCGUUGCCGGCCGGCUGGGAACAGCGGCGUGAUCCGCGCGGCCGUGUAUACUACGUUGACCAUAACACCCGCACCACCACCUGGCAGCGACCGAACAGUGAACGGCUAAUGCAUUUCCAGCACUGGCAGGGCCAACGGCAGCACAUUAUCUCGCAAGGUAAUCAGCGGUUCCUGUAUCCGCAACACGCCCAACAAUCGAACUCCACCUCGGUAGCGCACGAGGAGGACGACGGGCUGGGCCCGCUACCGGAUGGGUGGGAGAAGCGUGUCCAGCCGGACAGUCGGGUGUACUUUGUGAAUCACAAAAAUCGCACCACCCAGUGGGAGGACCCGCGGACGCAGGGUCAGGAGGUGAGCAUGCUGGCGGAAGGUCCCCUACCACCCGGCUGGGAGAUUCGCUACACCGCCAACGGUGAACGGUUCUUCGUCGAUCACAACAAUCGCAAAACUACGUUCGAAGAUCCACGGCCCGGUGCGCCGAAGGGUGCGAAGGGUGUGUACGGUGUGCCGAAAGCGUACGAAAGAUCGUUCCGCUGGAAGCUCAGCCAGUUCCGGUACCUGUGUCAGAGUAAUGCGCUCGCGUCGCACAUCAAAAUUACACUUACGCGACAAACGCUGUUCGAGGAUUCGUAUCACCAGAUAAUGCGGCUGCCUGCGUACGAGCUAAGACGCCGGCUGUACAUUAUCUUCCGCGGUGAGGAGGGUCUCGAUUAUGGUGGAGUAUCGCGAGAGUGGUUCUUUCUACUGUCGCACGAAGUGCUCAACCCGAUGUACUGUUUGUUCGAGUACGCGAACAAAAACAAUUACAGCCUGCAAAUUAAUCCGGCCAGCUACGUCAAUCCGGAUCAUCUGCAGUAUUUCAAGUUUAUCGGACGCUUUAUCGCCAUGGCACUGUACCAUGGGCGGUUCAUUUAUUCGGGCUUCACCAUGCCGUUCUACAAGCGCAUGCUGAACAAGAAGCUAACGACCAAAGACAUCGAAUCGAUCGAUCCCGAGUUUUACAACUCGUUGAUUUGGGUGCGGGACAACAACAUCGACGAAUGUGGGUUGGAGCUGUGGUUUAGCGUGGAUUUCGAGGUGCUCGGCCAGAUCAUUCACCACGAGCUGAAGGAUAAUGGGGAUAAGGAGCGUGUGACGGAGGAGAACAAGGAAGAGUACAUCUCGCUUAUGACCGAGUGGCGGAUGACCAGGGGUAUCGAAGAACAGACGAAAACGUUCCUGGACGGGUUCAACGAAGUGGUCCCGCUCGAAUGGCUAAAAUAUUUUGACGAGCGCGAGCUGGAGCUGAUGCUGUGCGGCAUGCAAGAGAUUGAUGUAGACGAUUGGCAACGAAAUUCCAUCUAUCGGCAUUACAACCGAAACAGCAAACAGGUCGUUUGGUUCUGGCAGUUUGUGCGUGAAACCGACAAUGAAAAGCGUGCCCGUUUGUUGCAAUUCGUUACCGGUACGUGCCGCGUACCGGUCGGUGGUUUUGCCGAGCUAAUGGGAUCGAACGGUCCGCAACGCUUCUGCAUCGAGAAGGUCGGUAAGGACACGUGGCUGCCCCGUUCGCACACGUGCUUCAAUCGGUUAGAUUUGCCACCGUACAAAAGUUACGAUCAGCUGGUGGAGAAGCUAAACUAUGCGAUCGAAGAGACUGAAGGUUUCGGGCAGGAGUAAGCAACAGCUGAUGACGGUGGCGGA